GGGGAUGGAGGAUACAGAUGCCUGAUGCAGGCAGAAGUAAAUGUUAGCAGUUGUUGCUGUUAAAAAUCAUUGCUUUUUCUGGAGGUGGUUUAUCCUUAUGAGUGGCUCUGCAUAAAAACUGUUCUUCCUUUGGCAGAAGCUUCCUUCACAUCACUCGAAAUCCAUUAAUAUGAGUAACAGAUUAACAGAAUGAGGACUAUGCUAUUACUGCAGUUGUGAGAAAACUUUUACAUCCAUCUCCUCAUCCUUCCAGAGUGCUGUCAAAAUGAGUGAAACGCCAUCAACGAAUUAUUCAAUGCUUCAGCCAAACUCCUCUGAGAGUGAACAGACUUUGUCUACACGUCACUUCAAUGUCACUGAACCUGUUGUGGCCAAACGCAUCUGUUUCUAUAAAAGUGGAGACCCUCAGUUUAAUGGGAUCAAAAUGGUCAUUAAUAAUCGAUCUUUCAAAACAUUUGAUGCCUUGCUCGAUAACUUGUCCAAAAGAGUCCCAAUACCAUUUGGGGUGAGGAAUAUUAGUACACCACGCGGGAUACACAGUAUCACCAAUCUGGAGGACCUUGAAGAUGGAAAGUCUUAUAUUUGUUCCCAUCAGAAGAAAAUUAAGCCCAUUAAUUUGGAGCGGGCCAGUAAGAAGCCAUUGCCCUGGCAGAUCAGCAGGCCAGUUAGUGCUCGUCGCCGAGUUGUGCAGUUAGCCAGGGAGAAAGAAGACGGCAUUGUUCAGGAAGACAGAGCUGUCAAAAUAAGAACCCCUAAAAAGCUCCUUGUUUUCAAAAAUGGUGACAUAAGAAUCAGGUGCACUAUAGUUCUGAGUAAGAAGAACAUGCAAAACUUUGAGACCUUUCUGGAUUCCAUAAGUGAGUUAAUGCAGUAUCCAGUUGUGAAGUUAUACACUACGGAUGGCAGAAAGGUUCCUAACCUUCAGUCUCUGAUCUUGUGUUCUGGGGCUAUUGUGGCAGCUGGGAGAGAGCCUUUUAAACCAGGGAAUUAUGAUCCUCACAGGUAUUCACUACCUGCUAAGUUGCCGGGACUCUCCAGUCGUGUGUACCCCAAAGCAAAUGCCAAAUCAGAGAGCAGAAAUACUGGCAAAUGGAAGGUGUCUGUCCUCACCAGUGAUAUGCCAUCUGCAGGAACCAGCUCACAGGUUUAUAUUACAUUGUAUGGGGAUUACAGUAGUUCAGGGCCUAUCUUUCUGUAUGGAGAAGAAGGGGAACUGUUUCAGAGGGGCAAUGAAGACAUCUUCACUAUUGACACUGGAGACAUAGGAGAGCUCUAUAAAAUACGCAUAGGACACAAUAAUUCUGGAGAAUCCCCCUCUUGGCACUGUGAAGAGGUGCAAUUGCAGAACCUUUACACAGGAGAACAGUUUUCUCUCCCUGCCCACCGAUGGCUGGCUCAGGACCAGGAUGAUGGUGAAAUCUGUCGGGAGCUUCCUGUUUUGCGACGGGGCCAGCCUGUUCUUCCAGUGACUGUAUAUGAGGUGCACGUCACAACAGGAGAGCUGUGGAAUGCCGGAACAGAAGCUGAUGCCUAUAUUUCCAUUCAUGGUGAAGAAGGCGACACAGGCUCCAGACAGCUACUUAGGUCGAAGAAUCCUAGGAAAUUUCUAAAAGGACAAACUGACCUCUUCCUACUUGAAGCUGUGCAUCUUGGAAAUUUGUACAAGACUGUUGUAGGACACAAUGGACUUGGAUCAGGAAAUGGAUGGUUUCUGGAGAAGAUUGUAGUCAAGGAUCCUGUCACAGACCUGGAUUAUUCUUUUCCUUGUCACAGGUGGCUAGAUCAAGGGGAAGAGGAUGGUAAAAUUGUAAGAGAACUAAAUGUCACUGACACUACCACCUUCUCCGCAAGGCAAGAGCUGGAACUCAAGAGAGCGGAAAACUGGGCUGCUGAAAGAUGGAAGUUUCAGAAAGGCAACACUCUUCAGUUCUACAACAGGCUCACCCGUGGUUUCAUACGCCUCAGUCCAGAUGGCACAGUUGAUGCACUUGGUGACAAGAAGGACAAAUAUGGUCUUUUUGAUGUGACUGUCAAAAGAAAUGCACAUGUGUUUAAGAGUCAUCAGAUGCCACAUAUUGCCCUUGCUCUUGACAAUGGCUAUGUCACUGGAAUGGACAAUGAAGAUACUCUCUGUGAGCUACAAGUUCAUGUUCAGCCAAAUCGCUGUGCAAUUCUGGAAUCAGCCCGAAGUCCAGGGCACAUGAUUACAUUCAGUCUUCAAGGCAAAGUAGCUGAUGAUACAGUAGGCUACGCAGGACUCUCAAAAGAAUUUGUUGUGCAUGUGAAGGGUGUGUUCCACAAUGGUGCCAUAAUUCUGCUCACUACAAGUCUCUACCAGGCUCUCUGCCUCAGGCCUGAUGGGAGCUGCAGUGGAGCAGGAAAGCAGUCUGAAGAAUCCUAUUGGAAAGUGCAUAAAAUCAGCUCUGGAGUUUGCAUGAUUGAGAGUCUGAAACACCAGAGAAUGUAUCUGUGGAUCAAGGAUGGCGAGUGUAAUGGAAAAGGGACGGGUGAUGUAUACUGUCACUUUAAAAUUGAGAAGAACUUAGACAGUGGAUCUGUGAGUCUAGAAUCUGUGCAAAACAGAGGGAUGUAUGUUGGUCUCCAACCAGAUGGCCAGACCAAGCCAGUUGUUCACACUGGAGAGAGAAACAUUUUGUUCUACCCACGAGUCAUCAAAUUUGGCAGGGAAAAGCCUAUGGGAACAUCUGCGACACCCAGCCAACCAAAGGUAUGGAUCAGAGAAUCUGAACACCAACCAGCAAAAGCCCAGAAGCCAAUGGCUCAGAGCCCAUCAGCUUCUCCACCCACAGAGGAAAUGAAAAAUACCCAAGGUACCAAGUAUCCCCUUUCUUCAGAUGAUGAAUGGAAAGUGUCAGUGCUGACAGGAAAUGGAGGAACUCAAGCAAAUGUCACACUCUGGAUAUAUGGAGACAAAGGAGUAGCUGGACCAAUAACUCUUGGCAAGGACAACAGGGAGCAGCUCUUUCUUCCCAGGCAGGAGGAUGAAUUUCAGGUUGAAAUAAAAUAUAUUGGAGAAUUCUAUAAGAUAAGAAUAGGACACGAUGGAACAAGUGAACACCCAGAAUGGAAGUUAGAAAAGGUGACACUGCAACAUGUAAAAAGCAGGAGGACUCUGAAUUUUCCAGCAAACAAAUGGUUGUCAAGAAGCCGUGGAGCUGGAGAUAUUAUAUGUGAACUCCCAGUAGAAGAAGCAGGAAAACCCAUUUAUCCAAUUGUGAGAUACCACAUUUAUGUUUACACUGGCCAUUUGGAGCAAGCUGAAACAGAUUCUCCAAUCUACCUAUGUAUAUAUGGAAAGAGAGGAGACUCUGGUCUAAGGCUUCUGCAUAAAUCUGAUAUGCCAGUGAAAUUUCAGAGGGGAAUGGUGGAUAUGUUUGAAAUGGAAGCUGUAUCUCUUGGAAAACUGCAGAAGGUGCUAUUGCACUGUGAGGCCAGUAACAAGGUGCAGUACUGGUACUGUGAGAAAGUAAUCAUCAGAAAAACUGGGAAGGACUCUGAAUAUAUUUUCAACUGUGAGAGGUGGCUUCCAUUUAUGUCCCAGGGAAUAAUUCACUCAGAAAUCGAGCUCUACCCUGAAGAACUGCAAAUAAAUCGUCAGCUGAAAACGCAAGAUGAAGCAAAUGAAGGAGACUGGAAGAUUACUGUAGUCACUGGGGACUUCCAAACAGCUGGCACAACAGCAACAGUGUCCCUUUACGCUUAUGGAGAAAACAGGUCUUCUGGUCCUAUUAUUCUGGGAUCUGGGAAGCACCAGCUGUUUAAUCCCAACAGUGCAGAUACAUUCAAGAUUAAUCUCAAAGGUCUUGGGCAACUGUAUAAAAUCCGCAUUGGUCAUGACAACAGUGGCAAUGACCCUAGCUGGUACCUAGAGGAGGUGAGACUUGAAAGAAUAGCCCCUACCUCUGACAGGGAGAUUUGUCUGGCUGUAGACUGCUGGCUAGCUGAAGAUCAGGAUGAUGGAGACACCUGGACAGAAGUAGCAAUUGGGAUAUCUGAAAAGGAGCUUUUGUCAAUGGUAAUUUAUGAACUCCAUGUAUAUACUGGAUCUAAACUUGGUGCUGAAACAGAUUCUAAUGUGUAUGCCACCCUAAUUGGAACAAGAGGAGAUUCUGGCAAGCGAAAGCUGCAUAGAGCUAAGAAUAAUAAAGUCAAGUUUCAGCGUGGACAGGUGGAUAUCUUCUUCAUAAAGGCUGUAUCACUAAGAGACCUGAAGAAACUUGUGAUUAGCCAUAAUGGAACUGGUCCAGGCAAUGGAUGGUUCCUUGAUAAGGUGGUUGUCAAAUUUAAAGAGGAAGAUGAUGAUCAAGAAGUUGUGUUUCCCUGUAACAGAUGGUUAGAUGAGUACCAGGAUGAUGGGAAGACCGAGCGAGAGCUAAUUGCUAAAAAAAAGGGUAAUUCGCAGAAGGCAUCCACCAAAGCACGACAAUGGAGAGUGCAGGUUAAAACUGCCAGAGAUUCCCCAGAGCCACAGAAGUGUAAAAGAACCCUUGUGAUUUAUGGCUCAAAGGGCAAAAGUGGUGACCUUCUCCUUUCUCCACAAAGCCCAGAAUAUGUGUGCUUUCUACCCAGAGCAACGGAUGAAUUCCUUGUUGAAACUGGAGAUGUGGGGGAUGUGUAUAAGAUUCGGGUCAGCUGUGAUGAUUUGCCAGGCUUUGAGGGCUGGCAUCUGAAGUCCUUUCACAUGCAAGAGCUACAUACUAAACAAGAAGUGAACUUUGACUGUAACUGCUGGCUCUCUGUUAACAGAGAAGACAGAGAGCUGGUGAAAGAAUUCCCUGCAGUGAAUGAGAACCAGAAACCUUUACCAGUCCACAAGUAUAUUGUCUCUAUACACACUGGUGACCACUGGGGAUCAGAAACCUUUGCAAAUGUUUAUAUCACUCUGUAUGGCGAAAGAGGGGACACAGGUGUGAGGAAACUGCACGAAUCAUUGGUAAAAGGGGGGAAAUUUCAAAGGAACAAGGUAAGAAGACACAAAUGUUAAGUUUUCUUACAAACUCAAAUAAUAGUUCUGUUUUCUGAAUGUCUACCACCAGCUCUUGAUUGUAAGAGCAAAAUUCUCCUUAUAGAUCUUUGUAGCAGUAUUCUGUUCCAGCUUUAUGCCUAGAUUUUCCAUAGGUGAUAAUCAGGGUUCUACAUUUGCAUGUGUAAAGCAGCUUAUCUGAGUCAUAACCCUUGUGAUCAUGCCUCUCAACU